GGUAGUUUGGACGCGGAGCAUGCAUGGUGCCCACUCAGAAAGUGCUGAAUGACUUAACUCACUAUAUGUUAAGCAACAUAGCUUUGAAAUUGUAUUAACUCUAAUUUCACAAAACCCUCUGAUGGCAACGAUUAUACUUAUUUUAUACGAGUAAACACAGGACUACAAAGAUAUCAAAUACAUUUUUAAUCCCCCCCCUUUUCUACACUUUUCAGCACCUUGCUUUUCUCACUUCAGAGUAAAUCGUGAAGGAUUCCCUUUUUACAGAUAAAGAGUGUUCCACUGUGUGAAUGUUUAUGUGACGGUUUCACUACUCCUUUAUUGAUGGGCAGUUAGAAAAGUUCAUCUAAACGCUACGACAGUGACCAGACGGCAGUUUCUAAUGCGCGUGGAAAUGCCAACUACAGUGGGGAGGUUGAAGAAGAUGUCCGGUCGCCUUCUGGAUCCCUGAGGAACUCUGAGUUCCCAACCAACAAAGUCCUCGGCCUAGAAGGGCCGGAAGUACUUGAGGGCGCUCACCGGGACCCGCCCCUCCGCUUCCGGCAUCAGCUGUGGGGAGUCCCUGGCGUUGUCCUCCUUGUCCGGUUAGUAGGAUGGCGCUGGGCCGACGCAGUCAUAGCACCGAGAGCGGACGGCCGUUAAGAGCUUCAACCUUUCCCCGAAGUUUAUCCCCAGUGGCGGGGGAUGGAGGAGGCCGGUCAUUCCGAGUUGUCCGCGUUCCCUGUUCCUUCGUAUUACAGAGACGUGGGCCUCCAUCGUUGUAGCCCUCUCGUCCUGUUCCCGUGUGCCUGCUAGAGCGUCUCCUCGCCGUUUCCUGUCGCCCAGGGGCCCGAGAGGAAAGAAGGGGGCGUAGCGCUACCGCGGGGGGAACUCGCGAGCUUAGGUGACUCGCAGACACCGGAAGUGUUGAGAGGGAGGCCGGAAGUGAGGGGGCGGAGCCAGGAAGUGAGGAGGGGCGGGGGUUUAUGAGGAGGCCAAGGGAGCGUUGGGACAGAUUUGCACUCAGGGCCACCUGAGGGACUUGGCUGUAGCGCUCAGCUCUGUCCCCUCCCCUUGCAGAGACACGGUUGUCGUCUAGGAGUAGGGAACUUUGUGGAGGGGGGGUUGUCGGGAGGACCUUUCUGUGUCUGCGAUUGAGGCAAGGUGUGGAGAGGCGGGGUGGGGGUGGGGCCGGGUCGUCAGGGCGUCUGAGAGGGAAGACCCCCGCCCCCGCCCCCCCACCGCCCAUCUACACUGGCUGACUGGACACUAAGAUGGCUGCCGUUGCCAUGACACCCAACCCUGUGCAGACCCUUCAGGAGGAGGCGGUGUGCGCCAUCUGCCUCGAUUACUUCACGGACCCCGUGUCCAUCGGCUGCGGGCACAACUUCUGCCGAGUGUGUGUAACCCAGUUGUGGGGAGGGGAAGAUGAGGAGGACAGGGACGAGUUAGACCGGGAAGAGGAAGAGGAGGAUGGAGAGGAGGAGGAGGUGGAGGCUGUGGGGGCCGGUGGAGGGUGGGACACCCCCAUGAGGGAUGAAGACUAUGAGGGCGACAUGGAGGAGGAGGUCGAGGAGGAAGAGGAGGGUGUGUUCUGGACCAGUGGCAUGGGCGGGUCCAACUGGGACAACAUGGACUAUGUGUGGGAGGAGGAGGACGAGGAGGAAGAUUUGGACUACUACUUGGGGGACAUGGAGGAGGACCUGAGAGGGGAGGAUGAGGAGGACGAGGAGGAAGUGCUGGAGGAGGACGAGGAAGAGGAGUUAGACCCCGUCACCCCACUGCCCCCGCCUCCAGCCCCUCGGAGGUGCUUCACCUGCCCCCAGUGCCGAAAGAGCUUUCCCAGGCGGAGCUUCCGCCCCAACCUGCAGCUGGCCAACAUGGUCCAGGUGAUUCGACAGAUGCACCCAACUCCUGGUCGAGGGAGCCGUGGGAACGAGCAGGGCAUUUGUCCCAAACACCAGGAAGCCCUGAAGCUCUUCUGCGAGGUGGAUGAAGAGGCCAUAUGUGUGGUGUGUCGAGAAUCCAGGAGCCACAAACAGCACAGCGUGGUGCCAUUGGAGGAGGUGGUGCAGGAGUACAAGAACCACUCAUCCUGUGCAACAACCACUGCCUUUUGUACUCUUCUCUGGGCCAAACUGCAGGGGCAUGUGGAACCACUGAGGAAGCAUCUAGAGGCUGUGCAGAAGAUGAAGGCCAAGGAGGAGAGGCGUGUAACAGAACUGAAGGUGGUAUCCACCAUCCCCUUUGCAUCAUCCCAGAGCCAGAUGAAGUCAGAGCUGGCAGCUGUGGCCUCGGAGUUCGGGCGGCUGACACGGUUUCUGGCUGAAGAGCAGGCAGGGUUGGAGCGGCGCCUCCGAGAGAUGCACGAAGCCCAGCUAGGGCGUGCAGGAGCAGCGGCCAGCCGCCUGGCGGAGCAGGCUGCCCAGCUGAGCCGCCUGCUGGCGGAGGCCCAGGAGCGGAGCCAGCAGGGGGGCCUGCGGCUGCUCCAGGACAUCAAGGAGACUUUCAAUAGGUGUGAAGAGGUACAGCUGCAACCCCCAGAGGUCUGGUCCCCUGACCCGUGUCAGCCCCAUAGCCAUGACUUCUUGACAGAUGCCAUCGUGAGGAAAAUGAGCCGGAUGUUCUGUCAGGCUGCCCGAGUGGACCUGACGCUGGACCCUGACACGGCUCACCCGGCCCUGAUGCUCUCCCCUGACCGCCGGGGGGUCCGCCUGGCAGAGCGGCGGCAGGAGGUUGCUGACCAUUCCAAGCGCUUCUCAGCCGACUGCUGCGUAUUGGGGGCCCAAGGCUUCCGCUCUGGGCGGCACUACUGGGAGGUAGAGGUGGGAGGGCGGCGGGGUUGGGCGGUGGGCGCUGCCCGUGAAUCGACCCAUCAUAAGGAGAAGGUGGGCUCUGGGGGAUCCUCUUUGGGCAGUGGGGAUGCCAGCUCCUCACGCCAUCACCAUCGCCGCCGCCGGCUCCACCUACCCCAACAGCCCCUGCUCCAGCGCGAAGUGUGGUGUGUGGGCACCAAUGGCAAACGUUACCAGGCACAGAGCUCAACGGAGCAGACACUGCUGAGCCCAAGUGAGAAACCACGGCGCUUUGGCGUGUACCUGGACUAUGAGGCUGGGCGCCUAGGCUUCUACAAUGCGGAGACUCUAGCCCACGUGCAUACCUUCUCAGCUGCUUUCCUGGGCGAGCGUGUCUUCCCUUUCUUUCGAGUGCUCUCCAAGGGUACUCGUAUCAAGCUAUGCCCUUGAUUAGCCUGCCACCCGCAGGGGCCCCUCUGGUCAGCACUUGAGGGGCGGGUGGUGGUGGAGGGUGUCCCAUAAGAUUGGGGGCUCAAAGGCUCCUUCCACUGUUUGUUGCUUCCCACUCCCCUUUGACCCCAGGCCCGCUUCUCCCUCUAGGAGCCUAAAGAACCUUCCUGGCCCGCAGCUCUGCCUUCUCUCACCUGCAAUGUCUGUCCAACAGGUCUGCAUGGGUCCCUGAUGAGAACAGCUGCCUGGUUUUCCUUCCCUCUAUCCACCCAGGGUUUUGAGUAGGAGUUGAGGGGAGAUUUAACUCUGUUACUUAACUUCUUUCCUUGCCCCUACUCUUCACCUUUCUUGUCAGUUCCCAGGCUGGGAUAUUUGGGCAAGACUCCUGUCUGUCCCGUAUUCCAUUUUCUGAUGCAAAUUUUAGCUAAGGGAUUUGGAAGCUUUUUGGGGAGGCGGGUUAGGCAAAAGGGUAGAGCUGGGUAAUAAAUGUCUAUUCUCUGGGGGAGGUAGGAGGGAUUCUAGACUCCUUCCAUCCCCAAUUUCUACCUCCAUAGACUGGCCAGAAUUUAGCUUGAGAUCUGGAAUGGUCAACACAAUUGAAACUACAUACCAUUGUAUUACCCAAUAAAUUAUUUUCUCCCCCACCCUUUUUCCAGCACUCACAUUAGGAGUAAAGCUCACCCCGCCCAGCCCCUCCAGGUCUUUUCACUGCCAGGCUCCUUUCCUCUUUGUCCAAUUAAGUUCCUUGUGUCAGUAUCCAGCCUCAUAUAUUAGUUCUCUCCAUCUGGUGAGCCCUGACCAGGAGCCUGGGGACAGGGGUUUGGAUCCCCAGGAGAGCCUUGGGUAUAAUCUAUUUUUCUAGUAACCCCUUGCCUUCUGUCACUUGUCAGCUUUUGUCCUUUGCUUUGAUGGCAGAGGUCAACUUCUGUUCCUGGGGGAAAGGGAAGACGGGAUGUGUUGUGGAAAUAAAGUUUAUUUGCUUCUUU